UGACAACCCAACCGCAAAAAGGUCAGAAACACGCACAGAGAGAAAACAUCAAACAAAUAAAAAAAAUUCAUAUUUCGUUCUCCAUCAUUAUUUUCAAUUUGUGUCUUUCCUCCUUUUUCUUUUUCUUUUGAUGAUAAAAUACGGUAGUUGUUUGAACCCACCAACCCUCCCCUAGUUUUCUCCUACUUCUGCUUCUUCCACCUUUUGAUUUCUUUCUUCUUGUUUGCUGACAUCUUCUUGUUUUGAUGUUUGAUUCUUGGUCCCUGUAAAAUGGGUUUCCAACAUAGAAAGUUGAUGUCUGAUCCUAUAAAUGAAAGCUCAACAAAUGAUUGUUCCAUUUGUUACCAGUUCUGUCUUACAUCAUGUUCUGAAACAUGUCCUGCUCUUUGUCCCCCUUAUGUACCUCCUUAUGUUGGUAUAUACCCUCCUCCGAGCCCUUUUUCCGAUUCCGGUUCUCAUUCAAAUAAACCCAACAAGUUUUUGAUCAUAACUUCAACUAUCCUCGCCGCCGCUUUUCUGGUUCUCUGUUGUUUUGCUUACUAUGUCUGGUGUUAUAGACGACGGUCUAAUGGUCGGAGCAGAUCAUCGGAGGUCGAAACGGAUGAAACCCGAGAUGAAUUCCUAGAUGAAAAUCAUGGUCCUAUCGUUGACCAUCCCAUCUGGUAUAUCAACACCGUUGGUUUGCAACCGUCCAUCAUCCGUUCAAUCGCGGUUUGUAAGUAUAAGAGAGGCGAGGGUCUUGUGGAAGGAACCGACUGCGCUGUUUGCUUGACCGAGUUCGAAGAAGACGAGACUCUCAGGCUGUUACCCAAGUGCAACCAUGCUUUUCACGUUCCUUGUAUCGACACUUGGCUUAGGUCGCACACCACUUGUCCUAUGUGCCGAGCACCUAUUGUUUCCAACCCCGGUAAUAGAGGACCGUCGUCGUCCGGGGUAAAUAAUGAAAAUCCGGGAAGAACUGAAGAAACCCAAGUUGUGAUUGUGGAAGAGGAUAAUAAUGAAGGACCUGAUGAUGGUGGAACAAGUGAAAUAAGGGAGGAGGAAGAGAGAGAUGAAUUGGCAGUUGAAAGUGAGAGAAACAACGGUGAUAGUUCGGGGACAGAGGAUGGGAUUCAAGCUAUGAGAAGAUCAGUUUCAUUGCAUUCCAUGGCAGCUUCUCAGAUCAGCAAGGAUCUUAUUAAUGGUAGUAAUCCAGAGGGGUCGUCUAAUGGCAAUUCAGAUAAUGAAAGGGGAAAAGAGAAAGAACCGAGCGUCAGGAUUGUUCCAAGGAGAGUUGCAGGGAAUCAAAGUUUGCUCAGAUUUAUGUGUCAAUCUUCCAUAGGUAGAUCCUUGCAAAAUAAGCCAGGUUUCAUGAGAAGAUCAUUUUCUUACAGUGGGAAAUUCUCGUUGCCUAUAAUCAACAACAAGACCCACAAUACAAAUCCUCCAUUGAGAAGCUUUUGAUCCUUCGCUGCUGUUUUGUAAUCUACUUUCAGAAACGAGGCUCAUGAAAACAGGAUCCAUGUUGAAGCAUCAGUUUUAUAUAGAAAAAAACAUUACGGUUGUAAGUA